AUGUGUAAAAAUAUGGAUGAAAUUAUUGAUGAUGAAUUGGAAACUCAUUUUAGAUCAAAUUAUAUAGGGCUUUUAGCUAAUUGCACGCUUACUGAUGCUGAUAAAAAGCUUGUGCUUAGAAAUGUGUGGGUAUCAAAUGUAAGUUAUGAGUUUCCAUUGUUGGUAAAAUAUAAAGAAAAAGGUCUGAAAUAUCAAUAUAAAUGGUCUACAGAAUUUAAUUGGCUUGCUUACUCAGAGAUUAAACAAGGAGUUUUUUAUAAGUAUUGUUUGUUAUUUGCUAAAUAUAGCGGAGUUGGUAGCCAGCCUCUGGGGCAACUUGUUUCAACUGCUUUUACAAAUUGGAAAAAAGCAAAAGAGGUGUUAAAUUAUUUUUAUACGUUUCGAAAUAAUUUCCAACUGAAGUAUUAUUUAGCAUCUAAAUUAGUUGCUGACCAUUUUUUGUCUAUACUUGGUCGUAAAGUUUCCAUAACUGAGAAAUUAGAAAUAAAUUAA